GCUUUUCAACUACACGCUCAGUAUGAUUUUAAAAUCUUUGUUAUUAGGCCUGGAUCACAUUUUACUAAUUUUCCUGUUCGAUCCUGAAGGUUACGACAGGUAGUAUUGGCAAUAAUCCGUGAUCUUUUUUUCUUCAGAAACACCUGAUUUCUUUGUCCGAUUACUUUCCCCGAUCAUCGCCACCUGCGCAUCGUAACCUGUUUAAACUUCAGCUGAAUAGGUAUUCGGUGAGCACAUAAAUUAAAUUGGACAACCAGUGUUAUGUUAAUGAUUAGAUUGGCGCCUCGUGCAGCCCAUUCAACUGUGUCAGGUUUCCAUUCAGCCGUACACACAAUGAGAGACGUCACAAAGAAUACGUUAGAAACAACAUUGGCAGUACUCAUUGGCAUCGUCAAAACAGCCCCGAGCUCUUUAGCAGUGAAUCGAACACACUAAGAACCCGAAGAAAGGCAAUUUUCGACGGAAGAAUUUACUACGAAGGAAGUGAGAAGCGUGGAAUUAUUUCGCGGCGGUAGACGCGUGGCCAGUGAAUCGUGAACAGUGAAAAUCAUGCCAUCACCAAAAAGUUCAAGGUCUGCGCCCACUCACUCCGUUGACCAAAAGCUGCUACGAGCCAAAGAUGUUGUCAUCCAUCGAAGCACAGAGAAAGGCAACAGUUGUCAGUGUUGCGGGAAGCGACUUGUGGUACUCCCGCUUCUUGGCUUUACAAUUCUUUCCAUUGGAUGUCUUCUUGGAAUCGGUUAUUUUAGCAUCCACGGAGUAACAUCCUCUGCGUACCAUACAGAAGGGCUGAUACCAUCCUAUGUUACAGGCGCAUUGCUUGGGUUAGUGGGAUUUCACCUGAUGUUAAUGUGCAAGCCAAGAUGUAAAUUUCUUAUUGUUUCGUCAAUAAUUUUCACCGUGGCAGCCGCAUUUCUUUGUUUCGCCGGAGCACUUUUUACUGGGACCGAAAUCGCGCCUCUCCUUUCAAAGAUGGGCAACUGUCAAUAUUUCCCUGUGGAGAACUCGUGCAAGUGCUUUCAUCACAGCGAACUACGACAAGUGUCGAUAAUCUUCAGAGACACUGCAAACUGUAAUGGUAUCCAAAACAAGCUGCGUGACCUGGUAUACGGCAUGUGUGGCGUGUACAGUGGUGGACUGAUCACGUGCAUUCUGGCCGCAGUCAUGGAGACGGCAUUACUGUGUCGCAAAAGACGUUCUAAGGCCACCCUACACUCCAGGUCAGAUGGUGAUGGCAAAUGUACCGUAAAUUCUCGCCAGUCUCAAACAUCGCAAACAGACCUCAGCGUUAUCGAAGAGGAAGACGUUGAACUCGCAGCAACAGAAAUUCAACGUUCACCCAUCGAAACUCAAGCCAGCCAAACACCAUCGAACUUUGUACGAGAUGUGCCUUGUUCGCACUACGUGGUCGAUAUGAGCAUUCCGCGCCGAGAUUACGUUAUCAAUUAUAAUUCCAAUUCCAGACAUGACCCACCUCCUCCGUACACCGAGUGAAAAUGUGCCAUGCACGUUAGUGGGGAAGGGGUACGGUGGGGAGGCUGAGAUCGGUGCUCUUGCUGGCUCAACAGACAAAAUAAAUAAAAAGCAACAAAAACAACAACAACAACAACAACAACAGAGCUGUUCGUUUUGGAAUGAGGAUGUGAUUGGGAAACUAAAAAUCCCACAGACCAGUUUAUCAAGAUAACCCGCUUGUGAAGUCUACGAGUAAGUUAUUUUAACAGAUUAAGCCAAAUUUAGUUCUGAACCGAUCAGCGUAUUGAAAUUGUACGCCUGUAGUGAUUAAUUCAUUUAAGGCUUGUAAAUAACAGAUGGAAAAUGUUGGAAGUGUAAUGGCUUCCGAAAAUUCUUUGUAUUAUAUGUUAAAAUACAUCUGUACAUAUAAAACUGUAAAGGUCAGUUUUGAGAAUUUCUUCAUAGGUAAGGGGCUUUUUCCUGUGGCCAACUAGUCAUGGCUACACGCUUUUCAAAUUUUUAGAUGUCAUUGUAAGGAUACUCUCAUAAAAUUUCUGUUUGUAAUCACACUUUAAUCUCGAUCAGUGAUUUGAUGAACAUUCAUCGUGAAUUAUUUUUGUAACCUAGAAAUAACUUCUGUUGUUUUCUGAGGGACGUUAUUCACUUUGAAAAAAAAAAUAAAAUUAUUACAUUAUUUUAACUUCCUUCUCAUUUUAUGGCAUUGAAGUUGUUUUAGUGCCUCCAACUUCGCGUAGUGAUGUGGACAAUUUAAUUCUUAUCCUACAGAGCAGGCGUAAUGCUCAUUAUUUUCUUGGGGAAAAUUCCUGCCUCCAUCUUUGGUUUUUGCUGCAGUUGUAGGGUGGAGAGAGAAAAUACAAGUUACACUCACAGUACGUCUCUCCUCUUAGGUGUACAAUUGUAUACUAGAACCAACGUGAUGAAUUGCUCAGGGGUGAAGAGGGAUUUCCCAAGAUGUAAACAAACAAUACGUCCGGCAGUAGCAAUUCUCCUUUUCGCUUCAAAACGAUGAACCUGGAUAUAAACGCGAGAGAAUGAACGAUAUGCUACCAGGACUCGAGCCUCUUUCCAAGGGUUCUCUUCCCCUCAGUCCCUAAAGCGCUCCAAGGGCCUCGGAACGACGUAGUUAAGUCUUAAACUAAAGGUCAUUAUAGAUCAGGCGUAACAGGAGGAGAUAUUUGACUUCCAGGGUUUAUUUAAAAUAUAUAAUAUAUCAUAUUCAUUUUACAAUUAAGUUAUCCUCUGAAACCUAGCUCAGACGAUUUGAGUAUAAAAAUUACCCUGGUAAAUAGUAACAUCGCCACAUCAGAUAUUGUUGCUUAUAGAAAAAUAACAUAACGACUAAG